GAAGAUUUCUUCUAACUUCAGUUUUUAAAACUGAACGAUAAUUAGUAUUAGUGUAUUGUGUGUUGCAUACGCUUGUUGAUCCCAAAGUGAGGUUAUUUAUUUUAAGACAAUUUAGAAUUUGCUCAUUUUCUACCAAUUUAUUUGUUUAAAAAGAAAGCGAGUAUCCAUAAAUGAACUUUUUUUUAACUCAACCACCGAUUUAUGAACAAUUUUCACACAAAUUGUGAGGUUAUGUUGCAGAGGACAAUUUUUUGAUUAUUGUUACAUGUAUUAGGCCUACGUUAUGAUGCACUACGUUAAACGAAACCAAGUACCUGUGCAACAUCUUAACUGUGAAAUCGACAACAUUGAAAUUUAUUCUUGUAAGGACUGUUUUUUCCAAACCGAAAUUUCAAUACUGUUUAAACAACACAUCCAAGACCAUGAUUCGGUUAAGCGAGACAAAAUAAGGGAGAAAUACACAAUUAAGACUUAUAUUUGUAAGAAAUGUCAAUUCGAAACCUAUUUUGCUCUAAAGUGGUUGCACCAUACUAUGACAUGCGUGGUAAAGAAAAAAAAUCAGAUAAUAAAUACCAAGUGCCAAAAAGCUCCAUUUGAAAGUAAAGAAAAAUCCAUUGUGAGUGUCCAAAGCUCCAUUAAAUGGCACAAAUGUGAAAAAUGUCCAUUUCAAACUAAACUCAAAGGCAACUUAAAAAGCCACAUAGUCGUUCGCCAUUUAAACGCAGAAGACAUCAAAUGGUACAAAUGUGAGGAAUGUCCAUUCCAAACUAAGAUGAAAGGCAACUUGAAACAUCACGUGAUCGCUCGCCACUUGAACGAAGAAGACAUAAAGUGGUACAAAUGUGAAAAGUGUCCAUACAAAGGUAAAAGAAGCUCAAACUUAAAACAACACAUUAUUGCCCUCCAUGCAGAUGAACAAGACAUUAAGUGGCACCAGUGCACAAAAUGCCCGUACAGAAGCAAACACUCGGGGCAUUUAGAACGUCACAAGGCCACCCAUCAUUUGGACGAAAAAGACGUCAAGUGGUACGAGUGUCAGGAGUGCCCGUUCAGAACUAAAAAUAUGUCGUCUUUGCACAGACAUGUAAAUUCGCUGCAUUUGGAUGAACGGGACAUCAAGUGGUUUCAGUGCGAAGUGUGUCCAUAUAAAGCUAAAAGGAGGUUCCAUUUGAAGAGACAUGUGAGUGCGCGGCAUCUGGGGGCCACAUGAAACCAAAGAAAACUCUUAAUACGCACCGAUUAUGGUGUAUAAAGCUAAAAAGUGUCUUUUAUGAGUGUCGCUGUAUUGUGUGUUGCAUACAUCAAUGUCAAGUUUGAGGUUAUGUAUCAUAAGUAACAUUUAAACAAUAUUUUAAUUUUAUAA